AAACCCUUGUGCAGCAGGUCUCUCCCUGCUCUUUUCAGUGAAUACAGUGAAUACAGGCUCCAUCAUCCUCAACCUCCCUUUUCAGCCUUUUCUCCCACCCCUCCUCUUUUCUCCUCUCCCGCCUUUCCUACAACCUGCUUCCUAGCAAUCUUUUGACACCUGAAGGAAAGCUAGGGAGGCGUGACCCAUUAUAAGUGCUGAGGAAAGACAAUAAAAGGAAAGUCUGGGAAGGCACUGGGGAAAAGAUGACUCCUUACAUAUAGCUGCUGAUUAUUUUACAUGGAUUGUUGAGAAAAAGGAACUGCAUUUGUGGGGGAAGCUUUUGCCUCCGGAGGCCACUUGCCAUUGGACAAGACGGCACCCUGGUUAGUCCGCUACUGCUCACCGGACACCAAAAUGGAAGCAGACCUUCUUUGGCCCCUGUAAUGAUGAUAUCCAGCAGGAACUGCCUCCCCCUCCCCUCUGAUCGCCUUUAAUUGGAGUGACACUACUCUGCUAAAAAAUGUGCAAAAUUUCUCAAGACUAAGGACCACAUCAGACACAGGUAAUACAGGGUUCAAAUUAACAAGGAAGACAGGGUAACACAAACUGAGGAAGAAUCAACAGAUCAUGAAUAGAAAUAUAUUUCCAUCACCACCUGAAGAGUAUAAUGAACCACAUACCUCAAGUGUGCAAGUGACCACAAUCACCACUGAGAGCAAGGGACCAGCAGAGCCAGCAGAAUCUCCAAGUAUCUCAUCGAACAUCCGGAAUGACAUUGAGCUUCCUGGAUCAAUGGAUAACAGAAGCCUGGAGGAUGGUGACUGUGUGAGCAAUGCAAGCAGACAUAAGAGAACUGUGACAGGCAUUUGGGGGGAGACUGAGAUGCAGGAGGAAAAGGGAUGGCAAGCACAAUCAGGACAUACAGGGGAUGGCAUCAGCAGCCUGGUGCUCACAAAUGGCUUGCACACUGAGACAGAGCCCGGCCAAGAGAGGGAUGCCAAAGGGGGUGAAAGAAGACAAGCUCAAAUCACUCCGAGGAUGGGCAGUACUGAUUUGGAAGAGAGCCUUUUGACAAACAAGUUGCUAUUCAGUGAGACACUCAGCAAGGCAGGCUUACAGUCACACCAGGAUGUUGCUGAGCUGCUUGAUCCUGAGGAUGGAGAUGAACAGAUAAGCUUUGCUGCAGCAGAAGCCAAGCUAAGCUACAGUGACGAUGAGAGGGAAGAUUUUGCAUUUAAAGACAUCAGAGAUGGCUUUAGCUCUACCUUUGAAAAAAUCGUGGAAUCUGACCUUAUGAAGGGCACUUACUACAGCAGCCUAGACUCCUUGGAUGUGCUCUCGCUGACGGAUGAGACAGACAGCUGCGUUAGCUUUGAAGCUCCACUCACGCCUCUUAUUCAGCAAAGAAGCAAAGAAAGUUCUGAACUCUUAGAACAGAAACUCCUCGCUCACCAGAGAGACGUUCUGGAGCCCAUGAUAACAGAUAAGCAGGCAGAGGCAAUGGCCAAGGCGAUGGAUAGUGAUUUUGGGAGCCCACUGAAACACUCGAUCACCAGCAGCCGGUCCGAGAAUGUGCUCAGCAGGGCGUCUCUGAAAAAUAUCCCCAACGGCUACCAUGUUGAGAGUGCAGAAGAGGAUGCCACAAUGCUGAUGAAUUCAAUCAGUGAUGCCAACAUAAAAGAUACCCUUUCUGACUCUGACUCUGAUAUGGGCAGCACAGAACAACUUGACCAAGGAAGCACAGAUACCCUCGUCAAUGGCUGCAAGGCAGAUGGGGAGGCCGCCAAGAGAUUGGCCAAAAGGUUAUAUCACCUUGAGGGAUUCAAGCAUUGCGAUGUCGCACGCCAGCUCGGGAAGAAUAAUGAAUUUAGCAAAUUGGUAGCUGAAGAAUAUCUUCGUUUCUUUGACUUCACUGGGCUGACCUUGGAUAAAGCACUCAGAACUUUUCUAAAAGCUUUUCCCCUAAUGGGAGAGACCCAGGAACGGGAGCGAGUCCUCAUCCACUUCUCACAUAGAUACUGUCAAUGCAAUCCAGAAGAGAGUACAUCUGAAGAUGGAAUUCAUACACUCACCUGUGCCCUAAUGCUGCUCAACACUGAUCUGCAUGGUCACGUGAAUAUUGGGAAAAAGAUGUCAUGCCAACAAUUUACUGCAAAUCUGGAUGGACUGAAUGAUGGCUCGGAUUUUGCAAAGGACCUCUUAAAGACCCUGUAUAACUCAAUAAAAAAUGAAAAGCUAGAGUGGGCCAUUGACGAGGAUGAACUUCGAAAGUCAUUGUCAGAGUUAGUGGAUGAUAAAUUUGGUGCCAGUUCCAAGAAAAUGGCAAGGAUAGUUGAUGGCAGUAACCCCUUCCUGGAUGUGCCUCAGGCUCAGAAUGCUAUUACCUACAAGCAUGGGAUCCUCACCCGGAAGACGCAUGCAGACAUGGAUGGGAAGAGAACUCCCAGAGGACGAAGAGGAUGGAAGAAGUUUUACGCUGUGCUUAAGGGAACCAUCCUGUACUUGCAAAAGGAUGAAUACAAACCUGACAAAGAACUUUCUGAAGUAGAUUUAAAGAAUGCUAUUCGUAUUCACCAUGCCUUAGCCACAAAAGCCUCAGACUACAGCAAAAAGUCCAAUGUGCUGAAGCUGAAAACAGCAGACUGGCGAGUGUUCCUCUUCCAAGCUCCAAGCAAAGGAGAAAUGCUGUCCUGGAUCCUGAGGAUAAACUUGGUGGCUGCCAUUUUUUCUGCCCCUGCCUUCCCUGCUGCUAUCUGCUCCAUGAAGAAAUUCUGCCGUCCUCUCCUGCCAUCUUCAAUCACGAAACUCUGUCAGGAGGAACAGCUGCAGUCUCAUGAGAACAAAAUGAAGCAAACUGUAGACGAAUUAACUGAGCACAAAUUACAUCCAAUAGCAAAAGGACUCAAGUCAAAAGAGGCUGAAGAAUAUCGCCUGAAAGAGCAUUAUUUAAUAUUUGAGAAAAGUCGUUAUGAGACUUACAUAAACCUUCUGUGUGUGAAGAUAAAAGCUGGGACGGAUGAUUUGGAAAAAAUUGAAGCCAACCUCUUCACAAUGGAGACUGAAGACAGUUCCUUGAGGAAGACUUAUUCUAGCCCUUCCAUAAGCCAAGGACAAUUGUCUGCUGCAAACAGCAAGGUAGAAAAAGACGUUACAGAACAAAAUACGUCCAGCAACCAAUAAAAAUAGGUAGCCAGUAAGUGAUAGCUGGCCCUCUGACUGCAACUUGUGAGCACAAUUCUUUCUCAAAUGUACAUUAAAUACCAUAACUCAAAGACAACAACAGAACAAAUUCAAAGAAACUUUAGUUUACAAUGAUUCUCUCCUGGUGCUUGAGUAUUUCAGAAUCAUAAACUGUCCAUACUGGUUAUUACUGUAGACAUUUCUUUAUUGUGCAUGCAAUAAAAGGACAGGUGUUCCAUACAAGGGCUGGGCUGCUCUUUGGCCAGCUGCUUUUCCUUGUGACUACCUGAAUUUGCCAGCAGGCAGCUUGACAGCAGUACCUUGGCUACAUAGAGACACUAGCAAAUCUGUUCCUUUUUUCCUAACAACUGUCAGUGAGACGUUAGUACUACAAUUCUUAUAAAACAAAUGUAAUUGCAAGUGUGUAAGAUCAUUUUCUGGACACUGCAAUGCUAACAGAUUCCAGGGUGGACAGAACAGAUGUUAAAUAAAAUGACCAAUGUUCAAAUGAACUCAGUAAGUGCAAAACACAUUGCAAUAACUGUAUUACCUGCCCUACUGCCAAAACUUAGAUAUUAAAGGCUUGAGAGUCAAAGAUAUAAUGUUGUAAACGUAACUUAUCCCAGAACACUAGCAGGAAGAAAAUAACUUUACUAUACAGGGAUCUUAGCAGUGCUAAGUAAUGUUUUGAAACUGUAGUAGUUUAAUGAACCUUUUUUCUGUUUUGUAACAAAAAAAUAACCCCCAUCUGGCUUUGCUGCAGUACAGGCUUUGCUGCUGUUGCCAAUGCCGUAAAUAGGCAAUUCAUUGCUGCUUUUCGCGUGCCCAUUCCUUCUGCUUCUGCUUCCUGGGCAUCCAAGCAACUGCAAGCUAAGCUACAUGCAUGGGGAGGGUGGGAAGUGGAGCUGCUGAUCACAGAUAGCUGUACAUAUUCCAUUUUGCUGUCAGCGUAAAUAUAGUCACUUAAUGGGAUGUUGUGCUUCUAUUACUUUCUUGCUGUGCUAAAAGUGAUUCCGCUGCAUUUUCAAGGCCUCCAGCACUUUAUUUAAUGAUUGAUUCAUUUUCAUCUUUUUUUCUAGACAUAUUCACAGUUAAUCAAGUUCCAGUUUUAAAGGAUCUUGUAGCUGCUAAUUACAGUAAUUUACAGUUUAUAUUUUUGCAGCUUUUUAAAAUAAAGAUAAUAAAGAGAUUUGUUUGGAUUCUCGCUGCCUUUGAGAAUUUAUAAAUGAUUGAGUUUCCAUGUUUCUUACCACUGAAAAGUUGCCACCCUGUUUUGCCACCCCCUUUUUUAAUCUCUUUGGGUUUUUUGUACAGUUUGAUAGUUUUAUUUGACGGGAUGCACUAAGAAUCAUGUACAAAUAAAUAAAUGAUGACAAAACUGUUAAUAAAGGGUAAUUCAAAAGUU